AUGACAUUUGAUCCAAUUCUAAUAGAAUUUCCAAUUUACCUGUCUGUAAACAUCAUCUGGAAGUGGCACAUUAGCAAUAAUCUUCGCGAAUGCAGAAAUCGCAUUCUCCGUGGCGACAGUGCUCUCCUCCGUAGCUCUCGCGUCCUCUCGUUCGAUCAUCGCAGCCAACGGUUGCAGACAGCUCAGAAUCUCGUUUCUAUAAUCGUUGAUAUGCUGAUAUCUGACAGCCAUCACACCGAAUCCAUAAGCAGCCGCUUGUCUCACUUCCGGAUACUCGUCACCCAACAACUUGUACAUAAUCGGAAUGAGUUUCGGGAAACGAGUUGGCAAGUGUCCGACACCGUACUCGAUGGCGUCAUCGAGAAGACACAUUCCCCAUUGUCUCUCGAAGUAUUGUUUGGAUCCCUCGAUGAGUUGAACAGCACAAUCGAACACGUUGAUCAUUCCCUCGAAGAUGCUCUCCUUGAACUCUUUCAUCAGAGAGUGAGUCAAAUCGGAGAUUGCUCCAAGGCAAGACGCCUCCAACUCCAUGAAGUAAUCCAACUCCUCCUUAGCCUCAGCAUCGUCGUCAUCCUCGUCUUCAGCUGGACGAUCGUUCAUUCUCUUUCCGUAAUUCUCGAGUUGUUUCAACAAAACCGAGAUGAUGAGUUUCACCUCCUCUUCGGCGAUUCCCUCAGUCUUCAUAACCUCAAUACACGAUCCGAUGGCGGUCAUGAACGAGGCGAGAAUCUCGACGUCAUCCUCCUCUUCCAUUGA